UUCCCAAUUUUAAUGUACAAUUCUAAUCCAAAUUUGGUUGUAUAUGGGUGCGAUUUUUCUUCGACUGCCAUCGAGAUUUUAAAGUUGAAUCCGGAUUAUGAUGAGACAAGAUGCAAAGUUUUUGUGUUAGAUGCUACUACAGAGAAUUGGGAGCCACCCUUUCGAGAAGAGACUCUCGAUAUCGCUCUUCUAAUUUUUGUGUUGUCCAGCAUUGUACCUGACAAGCAAAAGCACAUCAUACGACAAGUAUUUAGAUAUCUUAAACCUGGAGGGUUGCUUUUAAUUCGUGACUAUGGAAGAUAUGACAUGGCUCAGUUGAGAUUCAAAAGGGGUCGAUGUCUGGCGGAAAAUUUCUAUGCUAGAGGUGAUGGGACGAUGGUGUAUUUUUUCACUCAAGAGGAAAUACGAGACUUGUUCAUCAAAUCUGGCUUUGAAGAGGAGCAAAAUAUUAUUGACAGACGAUUGCAAGUAAACCGGGGAAAACAAUUAAUGAUGUACAGAGUGUGGAUUCAAGGGCGAUAUCGGAAACCGCUGAUGAAUGAAACAUGAACCAUUCGUGAUAUUAAAUUCUAUUUUGCAGCCAUGAAGAUAA